CCUCAGGCCAAAGUUUUGAGGAUAUCUGUCGGUGGUCUUAUCAACUUGAAAUAAUUAUCCACUGCUGCGGAUACACGGGGAACGGUGAUCACCAUAGUGUCUCCAUACCGCAUCAAUCCUGAUCCCUUUGAUAAACCCGACGAAGAAAGCCCCGCCAUGAGUUCCCCGGUGAUUGCAACCACUUGCCUUUAAGCGUUUGAUAUAUUCUGGGCAAGCUCCCCUCCACUCUUCCUUCGUGCAAACUACGGCCUAAUAUCACAAUGGCUUCUGUUUCCUCUUCGACGAUGACUUCAACACUGGUCCAACCUCCAACGGCGAUCGGUUUAACCACUGACCACAUCACCGACGAUGAACCUCGUCACAACACCGACCACCUUGACCGGGUCGCAUACCUCUUUGGACAUCCCAUCUCCCACUCUCUAUCUCCCCUCUUCCACCAAGCGAUAUACGACUCCUUCUCUUUGAAAUGGUCCCAACUGUUCCAUGAAUCCCUCUCUAUUCCGCCCUUCCUCGAAGCCAUGCAGGAUCCAAAAUUUAUCGGAUCCUCCGUCACCAUGCCCCACAAGGUCGCUAUCAUUCCAUAUCUUGAUAAGCUCACCCCCGAGGGAGCUGCGAUUGGUGCUAUCAACACCGUAUUUCUAGAAGAGACGACUGCGGGAGGAAGGCUCCUAGUUGGCACAAAUACCGACUGCAUCGGAGUCCGCGAAGGUAUCCGACAAAACAUUUCGGAGGAGCAAUAUACUGCGCUGAAAGGCCGCCCGGCGUGUAUUAUUGGAGGCGGAGGAACAAGUCGUGCUGCUGUCUACGCACUGGUGCAUUGGCUGGAGUGCAAACCGGUAUACUUUAUCAAUCGUGAUGCGGAUGAGGUUGCCACUGUUAUUGCGGAAUGCAAAGCGGCUGGUUUUGGGGAAAAUCUAGUGCCAAUCACUUCUGCUGCCCAUGCGCAAUCCCUUGCUAAACCCUCUGUCAUCGUAUCUGCGAUUCCGGACUUUCCGCCCCAAACAGAUGCGGAGAAGGAAGUACGAGAAAUGAUAAAGACUAUGAUGAACGGGGAUAGUGGGGUGCUACUCGAGAUGUGCUACCAUCCAUCAUCAAAUACUGCUGUGAGUCGAAUUGCGACAGAGUCGAAGUGGCAGGUGGUUCCAGGAACAGAGGCAAUGAUUUGGCAAGGCUUCGAGCAAGCGAAAUAUUGGACGGGAAAGCAGUUGUCAGACAUGCCGGUGGAGAAAGUGAAGAGUAUGAUACACGCUGUGUUGGCGGAAAGGCAAGGCCAUUAGUAUUAUUAUAUGUUACGAAAGUACGAUCAUACAUUUAGCAAGAAUUAGACUGGGGUGUUUAUCAAUGAAGGAAAUUAUGUUUACAAUGGAUGUUAUCGUUUCAAUUAAAUUACUCAUGUUUAGGCUCCUGGGCGAGAAUAGUCUAAG